AUGGGAUCCACACAAGGUAAAGAAGAAGUAAAUUGCAUAAUUCGCAAGACUUUAAAUAAAACAGCCAAAGAAAAGCCUAAGCAUAGAAGAAUAGUGACAUCACCAACUUCACCAAAUAAAAUUUCUCUUAAAUUAGACCCACCUUCUCUAUUUCUUCCCAAAAACCACCAAGAAAAGCCAACACACGACAACUCCCAGUCCCAGCCAAAAUUUUCUCACAAUUAUACUAAAAGCGAAAAAAAUGCAAUUUUGCCAGAAAUAAAAGUAAGCCAAGUCUCAUCCAAGGUAAAUAUAAGGUUUCAUAUAAGAAGCAGCAAAAAAAUAAAGUCUCACCCUAAUUCUAAAAUAGGGUCUCCAAAAGAAACUUCUAAUAAAAAUCCAAAUUUUGAAGAAGCCUUAUUAAAAUUUAUGCACAAAUCAGGCAAUAUCAAUCCAGUAUUUAAAGAAUUAUAUGAUAGUAACACAAAACAGUCUGAUCCAAAUAUUUUAGGAAAUUCAAGAUUGUCUGGAGACGGCCAAACUUCGCCAGUUUUGAAUAAAACGGCUUUAAAGAGCUUCUCCUCUAGCAAGCCUAUAAAAAGCUAUUCAUUGCCUGCUGAUAUGCCAGAACAAAAAAAAGUAAAAAUUUUUGAUACUGGCUUGGAAAGUAAAAAAUCAUUAAAUGUGGAAGCCAGAAAUGAAUUAGAAAAUCCAUCAAUGAUUUUUGAUAACUUAGACUUACAUAAAAUAUCACAAAGACGCAAAUCAUUAGAAAUAAACGUAGAAGGAGAAAUCAUUAAACGUCGUAGAGGCUCUUUUCAAAUAAAUUUCAUAGAAAGCACGGAAAAAGCAUAA